UACGCCAAGGCUAUACACAACACAGUGAAGCUGAUGACAUAUUUCACACAAAUUACGUUUUCCUGAACAACUUUUAAGGAUUAUAUACGUGUAGUGGUGUAAUUUACCUAGUAUAGAUACUCUUUUACUGGGAUAUUUAUAAAUUAAUGUAAAUCAGUGCGAGGAAAGGUGGAUAAUAUUGGUAUUUGUGUGGAGUGAGAGACUUAAGCUUAGAUAUUGUUUGGUAAGGUUAAAGCUGUUUUAUUAUUACACCACCUACAGUCACAGCAAGAGUGUAAUGCAUAACUUGGAUCUCGUUACAAGAUCAAGCAGUUUGGUAUAUCUUCACAGGCACAUGUUAGUAAUCAUCCAAGGUUUUGAAAGAACAAUAUUACCACCAUUACGAUUAUUAGCAUGUAUAUGAACAUUUAAAGGCAAAGUGUUUUUUUUGUGUGCUAGUUUUAACGUGGUUUUACUGCAUAAGUGGGCUGUAUUCUCCAGUGCAGACUCCUUCACACUACUGGUACAAGUAAAUACAAUUGCACUGAACAAGAGAUUGUUUUCUCAAAUCUAACAAGAGUGAUUUAAAGAUGGCAGAGCUUGAAAAACAAGAUAUCCCAGCACCAUUGUCACCAGGGAAAGAAGAGAAGCUGGAUAGUCCACUGCAGGAGAAUCUCAGGGAAAACUUUGUUAUAUUAAAGAAUAUGUUGAUCAGCCCAGAUGACACUGUAUUUGAUCAACUUCGAUCUCAUCUUCAAGAGAAGAUCUGCGAUGGAAAUGGGGAGACUCUUUUUGAAGUGGGAGUUGGUGCAGAUGAUUCUGUUUGUGGACUGCCUGAAGAUGAGUAUGAAGCGUCAGUGGCCACGUUAAAGUCUUUGGCUGACACCCUUGAGGCAGACUGUAUUUUACUCCGAGAGAAAAAAUCUAAGACUGGUACUCAGGGGCAGUUUCUGGUGAGGAAGAAGGCUGAUGCAGAAGAUUUCAUGGAAGUCAGAGUGGCAGUAGUUGGAAAUGUAGAUGCAGGAAAGUCCACACUAUUAGGGGUCCUGACACAUGGUGAACUUGAUAAUGGCCGAGGUACUGCUCGCAUGAAACUGUUUCGUCAUAAACACGAGAUGGAGACAGGAAGGACUUCUUCUGUUGGAAAUGAUAUUCUUGGGUUUGAUAGUCGAGGAAAAGUUGUGAAUAAACCUGAUCACGGUCACCUGGAUUGGGUCAAGAUCUGUGAGGCAUCAAGCAAAGUGAUCACUUUCAUUGACUUGGCAGGCCAUGAACGAUACCUCAAGACAACUGUAUUUGGCAUGACUGGUCACCUUCCCGACUUCACAAUGCUCAUGGUUGGUGCCAAUGCUGGUGUUGUUGGUAUGACCAAAGAACAUCUGGGUCUGGCAUUGGCUCUUAAUGUACCUGUGUUUGUCAUUGUCACCAAGAUUGAUAUGUGUCCACCCAAUGUUCUACAAGACACUCUUAAGCUACUUCAUAAAAUAUUAAAGAGUGCCGGAUGUAGAAAAGUUCCCCUUUUGGUCAGGAAUGCCGAGGAUGUAGUUGUCUCUGCCACAAACUUUGUUUCGGAGAGGUUAUGUCCAAUAUUCCAAGUAUCUAACGUGUCCGGAGACAACCUGGACCUCUUGACCAUGUUCCUGAACCUCUUGUCAUCAAGAACACCCCAGAAUGACAAUGAUCCAGCACAGUUUCAGAUUGAUGACACUUACCAAGUUCCUGGUGUAGGUGUGGUUGUGUCGGGCACGUGUAUGAAGGGAAUCAUCAGGGUAAAUGAUACACUUCUUCUUGGUCCUAAUGGCUUGGGUGACUUCAUUCCUAUGCCCAUUAAAUCUAUCCAUCGGAAGCGAAUGCCAGUGCGUGAGGUAAGAGGAGGUCAGACUGCCUCAUUUGCCCUAAAGAAGAUCAAGAUCCAUGAUGUGCGGAAAGGACAGGUGCUGGUAGAUCCAUCUCUAAAUCCCUCAUCAUGCUGGGAAUUCAAGGGGGAGAUAUUGGUGUUACACCAUCCAACAACAAUCAGUACAAAAUACCAAGCUAUGGUUCAUGUGGGGUCUGUACGGCAGACGGCUUCCAUCAUUGCCAUGGACAAGGAGUGUCUAAGGACGGGAGACAAGGCUAUUGUUCACUUUAGGUUUAUCAAGCAUCCAGAAUACCUGAAGAAUGGACUAAAAAUGGUUUUCCGUGAGGGUCGCACCAAAGCUGUGGGUCGUGUGUUGGAGGUUAUUCCAAAGAUUGCCUCCCUACAGCACCAGAAGAAUCACAAAAUUAUGAAGAUGGUCAAACAGAAUGUUGGAGCGAGUGAAGGAGGACAGGCUGGAGGUGGAGAUGGGAGUGCAACACAGCAUCAGGGCCUCACAGGAGGAAACUUUGGAGGCACUAAAAAGCAGCGCAGUAGACGAGGAGGGAAACACAGGUCACGUGGUGGUAAUAAUGCUAUAGCUGGUAAUCCGGGAGCCCAGAGUCCCACAAAACAGGGAGCAAACAGUACUCCUGCACCGGUUACUGUCUCAAGUCCAACCCCUACAACUGCUGCAGCUCCAGGAUUUGUCCAUACUGCUGCCUCCACAACAAAUUCACCCACCGUCCACCCUCGACCAGAAAACCUCACAUCACCGCCGCUAGCAACGACACAAGUUUCAGUGUGAACAGUUGUAUAUCUCUUUAGUUGUUUAAUGUGGAUUUUAAGUGAUGUUUUCCAGAGCUCAGCUCUGCAUAAGAUCUCAUUGACAUAGGAGUCUGACACUAAAUAUUAAUGCAGUAAUAUUCUUACUUUUUAGUCACAUUGUCAUGCCAUAUGAAAUUAAAUAAUUUGAGUACAGUACAGUACAGUACUGUAGUUGUUUUUCGAUAGUGGGAUUAAGAAGUUUUCAAUCUGAAUGCUUAUGUGUCAUGAUAUCGUGUAAUAAUAACCACUUCAUAAGGACAUUGUGUAUAGAUAACUUUUGUUUUAUUUAUAAUUUAAAUUGCAGUAGCUUUAAAGGGUCUACUUUGCAGGGAUCUGUUUUAUUGGCUUUCUGAAACAAAUGCUUCUCAGAAUGUAUUAGUAGUGACACUAAAUUGUAAUGAAAUCUUAAGUGGUUGGUUGUUAAAUGAUAAGGUUCUUCGGUCAAUAAUAAAUACAGUAGUUGCAUAUAGCUUCAAUACUGAAGAUUGUUUUUAAGAUACAAUAUACAGACCUGGGGGUCUCAGGUCACAGUUGGCAUUUUUGUUUUGUUUUUGGUUUGAUUUAAAACCUUUGCCCGAAUCACCAGAACCUGUUUGGUGAAUAACUUCAAACUGCACCCUACACAUUAACAUAUGUAUUGCUCCUGCUAACACCUUUAAAAUCACUCAGUGAAAUGUUUGCAGCAAGUUUGUUGACUGAUUGUGUUCUGUCAGGUGAAUGAUCACUGUAUGACUAGGCAGAUUUUUUUUAUGUGGAGGGUAGUGGGUAAAGCCCAGACAUUGGCAGUGGAGAGCAUUUUGAAAAUGAUGAGGUGUUUUGACGUCCCAUAUUUUAUACAUUUUCUGGUUGGAACUUAGGAUGUACAGUACCAAAAUGAAAAAAAAUGCAAAUUUUUAAUAUACUGUAUUUAGGAAAUAUGGUUAAGAUCCAUAAAAUUUAAUUGCUGACAAUAAACUGAUCUCCCUUUUGAUUGGAGAAAAGUUCCUUGUAAUUUUAUUUUUCUUAUACUGCACAGCUUAAUGUAACCAUGGGUAACCUGGAAUUACACAUGAUCAGGCUAGUCAGAUUUAUUUUCUUAAUAGAAUAUUUUAAUUAGGGAAUAUGGAUUUUACUUUAUUAAUCCCCAUUGAAAGGUAUUUUUGAAACGGUAAAAGCUAAUCAUGUGUACAACUAAUUUAACAUAUUUUGUUUGAUAUUACUAUGCCCAAACUAACUGUCUUCAAGUUUAGGCUGGGUAGAUGCCCCUUCACUCUGGAUUACUCGUGUCAUUUAUUGUUACCUGAAGCUUUUACACCAUGAAAGAAUUGACUGAAAAUGUUACCUUCAAGUACCUGUUGAUGUUGUGGUUAUUUUCACAGGGAUUAGAGUGGACUCGUGUGAAUAUGAUUUGACUGCAUUGAUUUGUAUAAAAUUAUUGACAUUGCUUGCAAGAUGAAUUUGUAGACGAAGUCUUUAAACUGAUAACUGGAGUACACAUAUUAGUCAAACAAUAUGGUGAUUAAGUCUCCUUGGUAUUAUAUGGCUCUUGGUUAGCCAUAUACAUAUAUGUAUUGAUAAACUAAGCCUUUCUGUGGAGAAUUAGUAUUCAUAAUAUACAUGUACCUCACUUGCUUAGUGUGGGUUAUAAUAGUAGACCUCAUUUUUAUAUGGCAUUUCUAGCCUGACUUCUUGCUACAUCACAAAGUGUGCUGGAGGGUGGAUUGGAAGGAAAGGUUAUCUGCUAGAGAGAGGAGAUCCAUAAAAUCUAUGGAUAGAGAGAGGGAGUAAUAGGUGUUCAGUGUAAGAGAGAGAGAGAGAGA